CCGCCGGCCACCGGAUUCGCCCCUCCCCGCCUCUCCCUCGCAGGUGGGUGGAUCCGUCGCCGGUUCUCUUACGGGGGGCUGGAUUCGGCCGGGCGUCGGCGGCUGUUCUUGGCGCCGUCGCGCCGCGGCUCGGAGUUCGCCAGAGGGGAACGCCGCGUUCUUUGCCGGAUUUGACCCGGGGAAUUCGCCGCCUUUUAAAAGUCCCAGCACCGGCCUGGAUUAGAUUUGGUCAGAGUCAACUCUGACGCGAGGGGAAUUCUUGCCGUUUCUUGAUCUCAACUAAAGUUUCCAAUUGGCUCCGGGAACGUGAGGAAGGCGAGGGGGGCUUCUCUACUCUAGCGCUCCCCUGCUACAACCAAUUCGCGUUGCUUCGGCCCAGUCUGAUCGAAGUCCAAGGGAGUCCAGUUCUUGGAAUCGCCGUCGUAGCAAAGAGGUCGGACGGUUGGGGAGUUGCAGUCUGUGCUGUAUCACCACAUUUCGGUCGAAAAGCUUCGGAGGCCUUUUGAGGGACGAGGAGAGGGAUGGGGGUGAUGUCGCGCCGGGUGCUGCCCGCGUGCAGCAGCCUCUGCUACUUCUGCCCCUCGCUGCGGGCAAGGUCACGACAGCCAGUCAAGCGCUACAAGAAGAUCAUCUCGGAGAUCUACCAGCUGCCCGCGGAUGGAGAACCGAAUGACAGAAGGAUCGGCAAACUCUGUGAUUAUGUCUCGAGAAAUCCAACCCGCAUACCAAAGAUCACAGAGUAUCUUGAGCAGAGAUGCUAUAAAGAACUGAGACAUGAGAAUUUUACCCUGGCCAAAGUUGUUCCUUGCAUAUAUAGGAAACUUCUGCGUUCAUGCAAGGAGCAUUCACCAUUGCUGGCCACAAGCACAUUGUGUAUUGUCCGCACUCUUCUAGAUCAGAAAUCAAGUGAUGAUUUGCAGAUCCUGGGUUGUCUAUUGCUUGUUGACUUUCUUGAUGGCCAGGUUGACAGCACACAUAUGUUUAGUUUAGAAGGCAUGAUACCAAAACUAUGCAAAAUUGCUCAAGAACUAAGGGAAGAUGACCAAGGGAUCCGACUUCGAUCUGCUGCACUCCAAGCUCUUGCUUCAAUGGUCGAAUACAUGGGUGACCACUCGCAUAUCUCAAUGGAACUUGAUGACGUUGUCUCAGUGAUAAUAAGCUGUUAUGAGGCUAACCAAACUCUGUCAAUAAAAGAGGUAGUCAGAUUUCAAGAUGAUGAUGAUUUGACAACGUUGGCAGUAUCUGGGCAAAAUAAUGCCAAAGUGGCAUCUGAUACAAUGGCUGCAUCUGAGAAUCCAGCACACUGGGCAAGGGUUUGCUUGCGUAACAUGGCCAAUAUCGCAAAGGAGGCAACAACAGUGCGGCGUAUUCUUGAUCCUCUGUUUCGCCUUUUCGAUAGCCACAACUAUUGGUCACCUGAAAAUGGGGUUGCACUUUCUGUUCUACAAGAAAUGCAAACACUGAUGGACAAAUCAGGGCAAAAUGGCCAUUUGCUGCUAUCUUUUACGAUAAAGCACAUUGAUCAUAAAAGUGUUGCUAAGAUGCCCACCAAGCAAAUCAGCAUCGUAAAAGUUGCUUCUCAUCUUGCAAAGCAGGCAAAGUCGCAUGCAUCAGUAACAAUAGCGAGUGCAAUCAGCGAUUUAGUGAAACACUUGAGAAAAUGUAUGUACCGUGCUGUUGAAGCAUCAAAUGCUGAAGCUGAUAUUGACAAGUGGAACAGUGAACUUUAUGUGGCCUUGGAGGAGUGUCUGGUGCAAUUGACAGAGAAGGUUGGGGAUGUUGGUCCUAUUCUUGACAUGGUCAGCGUAAUGCUCGAGAAUCUCUCGUACACUCCCAACAUCGCCAGGACAACAGUGUCAUCUGUUUACCGCACAGCACAAAUAGCAGCUUAUGUGUACAAGUCAUCAUACAACCAGAAAGCAUUUCCAGAAGCUUUGUAUCACCAGCUUCUCUUAGCAAUGAUGCACCCAGACAAUAAGACAAGGAUUGGCUCACACCGUGUUUUAUCCACCAUUGUCGCGCCUUCACUGUUAUGCCCAUGGUCAGCCAUAGGUUUUCCUGUCCCAAUGAAGGCCAAUGGGUCACGGAGUGUGCUUUUGUUGGCACUAUCAGCUUUCUCUUCUGAGACCAUAAUGGAUGAACUGCAGUCUAAAAGCAGGAUCAAGGAAUCCUUGCAGGAAAACGAGAAACCAGAAGCUGUGGUAAGUGUUGAAAAUGGAUAUGCACAUACAGAACCAAAUACAAGGCAGUCUUCAGGGAGCCCAUAUUUCAACGAUCGUCUUUCCACAUUUAAAGAUGAAAACUUGAAGUUAAUGAAGUUGAACAAUGGCCAACUUGUUCUUCUUCUUUCAUCUAUUUGGAGUCAAGCAUCCCUGGAAGAUAACUUACCUUCAAACUUUGAGACAAUGGGCCAUACUUUUAAUGUUGCUUUGUUGUGUUCGAAAGCAAAAACCUCCAGUCAUGUGGCACUAGUUCGAUGUUUCCAGUUGGCUUUCUCUCUCAGGAGGUUGUCUCUGAACCAAGAUAAUGUUGCGCAACCAUCUCGGAGAAGGUGUUUAUUUACAAUGGCAUCAGCAAUGCUUAUCUUUUCAGCAAAAGUUGCUGAUAUUCCUCAGAUAAUCCAUCUUGUCAAAGCCGCAGUGCCAGAGGAAAUGGUUGACCCUCAUCUUUGCCUGAUUGAUGACUGCAGACUCACUGUUACUUCUGCACAAUCUUCUAAGAGUGAAAUGCUUUACGGUUCUGAGGAAGAUGAAAGUGAGGCACAAGUUUUUCUUUCAGCUGUAAAUAAGGAUGAUACACAGUUAAAAGACAUUGUGAUAUCUCACUUCAAGAGAAAAUUUGAAAAUUUACCAGAGAAGUUUGAUGGGAUAGAAGAACAGCUUCUUCAAGAGUUCUCCCUAGAUGAUUCAUUUCCUCUCGGUGCUCCACUAUUCAUGGAGACGCCACACUCUUGUUCAAUGUACGCUGAAAAGGACGAUCACUGUUUUGAUGAGGAUGUUAUUCCUUGUGAGAUGGAUGAUGACGAUGACAUCGUCUUUGAACAUAGUGGAUCGCAGUCUGACAGGAAAACAUCAGGAUCUAUGGCUUCAUCUGAUGUUCUAAAUGUGAAUCAACUGAUGGAAUCUGUUCAUGAGACAGCAAGGCAAGUUGCUAACAUUCCAGUCUCCACCAAUCCUGUGUCAUAUGACCAAAUGAAGAGCCAAUGUGAAUCCCUAGUAAUGGAAAAGCAGCAGAAGAUGUCUGUUCUCAUGAGCUUCAAGCACUCGAGGACCGAUUCGCGUAGCUCAACCGGGGAAAACGGACCAGAAACAAAUGAGUCAUCUGCUCAAUCUGAACCUGAGUCACAUUUGACAAGAAAGGACUACAUGCGGCGCAAUGAUUCAACAUCCAGUGAUGACCGCUCCUUCAGGUUACCGCCUGCAAGCCCGUAUGACAAGUUCUUGAAGGCAGCUGGACGGUAGAUCGGCGCAAUGGCGUGGAACCUGAUAAUCUGGUUUUCAAAUCUGUAUACAGAACUGUUUACAAAUUACAUGUCUUCCAAGUCAAUUCUUUCUGCUGUUUUUUUGUUCUCUUUUUUCUGUUUUCUAUUCUUUGAGUGUACAAAUUUUCGACAAAGUGUACAAAUUUCCGUUACCGUUGUAGAGUCCCGGAAUAAAUGGAAAGUGUAGUGUCUGAGUUUUUGUA